UUACUGUUUUUUUCCAUUCGCCUAUGCCUGAAACUCUAAUUGCAAGCUGUAUAGCUUGUAAGAUUGACAGUAGUUAUAUAAGAAAAGCAUAAAACAAAAAAUACUUAUCUUUAUUUCAUAGGUAACAUCUCAAACAUAUUGUAGAUAUUGUAUAUAUAAAAAAAUUAAAAAUAGAGUUAUAAUAAAAUAAAAUAAUAUGAACAAAUCGAAAUGACUGACAAAACGUCACCUUCAACCCAACUACGGCUAGAUUGGGUGUAUGGUUAUCGUGGACAUCAAUGUCGCAAUAAUUUAUUUUAUACUUCAACUAGAGAAGUUGUUUAUUUUGUGGCUGGAGUUGGUGUAGUGUUCAACCCGAAAUAUCAUGCUCAAAAAUUUUUUCUUGGGCACAAUGAUGACAUCAUAAGUUUGGCACUACAUCCUGAAGGUGAACUAGUCGCAACCGGUCAAGUUGGUAAAGAACCAUACAUAUGCGUAUGGAAUAGCAAAAAUUGUCAGACAGUUUCUAUAUUGAAGGACAAUCACCAAAGAGGCGUGGCCUGUGUGGCAUUUGGUUCAUCAGGCUUGCAACUAGUAUCUGUUGGAUUGGAAGAUUAUUCUCAAGUAACUAUUUGGGAUUGGAAAAAGGGCAAGGCCCUUGCAUCAACCAGAGGGCAUUCAGAUAGAAUUUUUGAUGUGUGUUUCAAUCCCUUUGAAGACAACAAAUUGGUUACAUGUGGUGUAAAACAUAUUAAGUUCUGGUCAUUGUGUGGCAACUCACUAACUGGGAAAAAAGGUAUAUUCGGCAAAAAAGGUGAAAUUCAAAGUGUACUUUGCUUAGCUUAUGGUACAGGUGGUGUUCUAUAUACUGGUACAUUAAGUGGAGAUAUUUACAAAUGGCAAGAAAACACUUUAGUUGAAAAUAUAACUGGUGCCCACGCUGGUGGUGUAUUUACACUUCAUGCUACACCAGACGGCUAUGCUAGUGGAUCAAAAGAUGGAACUGUAGCAUUGUGGGAUACAGAAUUUAAACCAAUCACAAGGAUAGAUUUAAAUAGGCAUUCCAUUGGCUAUUCAGGCAUAUCUGUACGAAGCGUUUGCUGGGGUGGAGAAAGGAUACUGGUUGGCACAAAUGCAGGAGAAGUUUUUGAAGUGUGUGCUGCAGAUAAAGAUAAACCUAUCACUAUUGUUCAGGGACAUGCUGAAGGUGAAUUGUGGGGAUUAGCUAUGCAUCCAAAGAAAAAUGUCUUUGCUACUGGUAGCGAUGACCUGACUGUGAGGUUAUUGGAUAUGGCUAGUAAAAGCCUACUUGCAAAAACUGCAUUUGAUCAAACUAUACGAUCCUUGGCUUAUUCUCCUGAUGGUGCACAUUUAGCUGUAGGACAUGGUGACGGUUCUUUUCGAAUAUUAAAAGGAAGAGAUUUAUCUGAACUUGUUCAUAUACAUGAUCACAAAGAAGUUAUACAUGAAAUGAAAUAUUCUCCUGAUGGAACCCUGUUAGCUGUAGGUAGCAACGAUAACUUAGUGGAUAUCUACUCUAUACAAGACAGAUACAAACGUGUUGGACAAUGCAAAGGAAAUUCCAGCUAUAUAACUCAUAUUGAUUGGUCUGAAGAUAGUAGUUACAUACAAACAAACUCUGGAGCAGCUGAGAGAUUGUUUUACAAAAUGCCUGUUGGAAAAAGAAUAACAAGAAAGGAGGAAAUUGAAUCUAUACAUUGGCAAACAUGGACAUCUGUACUUGGUCCUGAAGUUAAUGGCAUAUGGGAGAAGUAUACUGACACAACAGAUGUAAACGCAUCUGAUACCAAUUUUCAACAGGGUGUGAUUGCCACUGGAGACGAUUUUGGAUUGGUUAAGUUGUUUCGAUUUCCCUGUGUUAAAAAAGGUGCAAAGUUUAGAAAGUAUUCUGGGCAUUCAGCACAUGUUACCAACGUGAGAUUUUCAACAGAUGGCAUGUCAUUAGUUAGUACAGGUGGUGCUGAUCAUGCCGUAUUUCAAUGGAAGGUUAUUCCAGAAGGUUACAGCGAUGAUGCGUCUGAUACGGGGAGUGUUGUUGGAGCCAUGCAAAAUGAAUCUAAUGAUGAAGCUAGUGAUUCAGAUUUAUCUGACGUUGAUCCUUUAGAUAGUGACGUUGAAGAGGAAGUAAAUAAAGACUAUUCACGAGACAUCUACAAAGAAGACAUGCCAAAAAUUCAAAGAAAAUUAAAAUCAAUGGAUGGAUCUGCAGCAACAAAAAAGGCUAGACCCAAUGCUCCAUCAAAAGGAGUUAAAUUAAAUUUUGUUUUUGGAUAUCGUGGAUAUGAUUGUAGAAAUAACUUAUUUUAUACCCAAUCUGGUGAAAUAGUCUAUCACGUUGCAGCUGUGGGAAUUGUGUACAAAAAAGAAACUCACUCACAGAGAUUUUAUUUGGGCCAUGACGAUGAUAUUCUCUGUUUAACAUUACAUCCUAUAAAAGAUUUGGUGGCUUCUGGACAGGUUGGCAGAGAUGCAGCUAUACACAUCUGGGAUGCAGAAAAACUAGAAGCUGUUUCCAUACUGAAAGGUCAACAUGAGCGUGGUGUAUGCGCCUUAGAUUUCUCUGCUGAUGGUAAGAAACUGGGUAGUGUGGGGUUGGAUGAAAAUCAUUGUAUUGUUAUUUGGGACUGGAGAAGAGGUGAAAAAUUAGCCACAACUAGGGCCCACAAAGACAAGAUAUUUGAACUACGUUGGGAUUCAAAUCAUGUAGACAAGCUUGUCACAGUUGGUGUUCGACAUUUAAAAUUUUGGACUCAGGCAGGUGGUGGACUAACCGGUAAGAGAGGUACCUUUGGUGACAAAGCUAAAGCUGACACAAUGUUGUGUAUAACAUAUCCCAAAACGCCUGGGGUAUGUGUAUCAGGUGGGUCAACUGGAUUUGUAUACAUUUGGAAUAAUGAGAAUCUAAAAGAAACAGUACAAGCUCAUCAAGGUCCAGUAUUUGCAAUACAUGCCCUUGAAAAGGGAUAUGUAUCAGGUGGUAAAGAUGGAACAGUUUGUUUAUGGGAUGAAAGUAUGAGUAGGUGUCUGAAAAGUUACACAUUAAAUAAAGCCAGUUUAGCUCCUGGACAAACGAAAGAAGUAUUGGUCCAUGACCUUCCACCAAUUAGGGCAGUAACACUUGGACAAGGAAAAAUACUUGUGGGAACAAAAAAUGGAGAGAUAUGUGAAAUUGACAAAUCUGGACCAAUCACAUCAUUAGUUCAGGGUCACUGUGAAGGUGAAAUUUGGGGCCUAUGUCACCACCCUUCAGCACUAAUAUCAGCUACGGUUAGUGAUGACAAAACUCUUCGAGUUUGGGACUUACAAAAAUAUCUUUUAAUCAAAUCUAGGAAGUUUGCAAAGCCAGGACGGUGUGUAGCAUUCUCAACCGAUGGGAAGGCUAUUGCCGUGGGUUUCAAUGACGGUAGCUUUGUUGUUGUUAAUUUUAACACACUUGAAGAAAUUAUAAGUUUUCAUCAUCGUAAGGAAGAAAUCUCAGACCUAAAGUUUUCCCCAGGGGAAGGAAAAUAUUUAGCUGUGGCAUCUCAUGAUAAUUUUGUUGACAUUUAUAAUGUAUUGUCCAACAACCGCGUUGGUAUAUGCAAGGGCGCAUCAAGCUACAUUACACACUUGGAUUGGGAUGUACGAGGAAAACUCCUUCAAAUCAACAGUGGUGCUAAGGAGCAUCUAUAUUUUGAGGCUCCUAGAGGAUCAAGACAAGCCAUUGUUAGUUCUGAAUUAAAGAAAAUUAAAUGGUCAACAUGGACAGGCGUUUUGGGGAAAGAUUGCGAGGGAAUUUGGGCACCUGGUUCCGAUAUCACUGACAUAAACGCUUCAGAUCUUACAAAAGAUGGGUCCUUAUUAGCAACAGGAGAUGAUUUUGGAUUUGUUAAACUGUUUGAUUUUCCAUUAUCGGGCAAAAAUGCAAAAUGUAAAAAAUAUAAUGGGCACUCGGCACAUGUUACCAAUGUAAGGUGGGCUCAUAACGACAGUCUUCUAUUGUCUACUGGUGGUGCUGAUACAUCUGUCAUGGUAUGGCUGUCUCUGGAUUUUAAUGAGAAUGGACCUGACACUGCUCCAGAGGAUAAAGGCGUAGAGUCAGAUACAGACUCAGAAGAAGAGUCUGGGUAUGACAGCGAUGUUGAACGAGAGAAAAAUAUAGAUUAUACAAGUAAAAUUUACACGAAUCCUUUGCGGGAAGCUAAAGGCACUAAACCUCAAUCUCAAGAAUUGUCACAAGAAGACAAAAAACGAGUUAGCAGGGGAACAUCUGCAAAAUCAAAAGUUCACCAAGAGACUCAUGAGGGAAAAAGGCGUAAACAAGAAGUAAAUGACCUCGCAUUGGAAUUUAUUCAUGGAUAUCGUGGUUUUGAUGCCAGAAAUAAUUUGCAUUACUCGUCUGAUGGCAGUCUAGUUUUUCAUGCAGCUGGGGCUGGAAUUGUGUACAAUCUAGAAACGAAAACACAAACCUUUUAUUUAGAACACACAGAUGAUAUUAUUUGUUUAGCAAUGAAUCAGAAUCCAAAGUUUAAAAACAUUGUGGCUACUGGUCAAAUUGGUACAAAUCCAAUGGUGCAUGUAUGGAAUGUCUCAACCAAACAAACGUUGUCAAUUGUUCAAGGAUUUCAUGAAAAGGGUGUCUGUAGUGUGAAAUUCAGCUCCAGUGGCAGGUAUCUCGUUACAGUGGGACUGGAUGAUGGUCAUUCUCUUGCAGUAUGGAAGUGGAGUGAUGGUACCAAAGUUGCAAGCAGUCUGGGUCACACCCGUCGAAUUUUCGUAGCGGAGUUUCGUCCUGAUUCUGAUACAGCAUUUGUAACAUGUGGAGUAAAACAUGUAAUGUGGUGGACAGUGACUGGAGGAGUACUAGUGGGUAAAAAGGGGAAUUUAUCAUCAUAUGAGGAUGAUGCAAGCAUGCAGACAAUGUUGUCAGUUGCAUUUGGACCAAAUGACACGACCUUCACUGGAGCUAUGAAUGGAGACGUCUAUUUUUGGUCUGGGAAUUCUUUAACAAGAAUUGUGAAACAUGUUCAUAAUGGCCCUGUGUUUUCUAUGUUUACUACUGUCAAAGAUGGUUUGAUUGUCACUGGAGGCAAGGACAAAGGAACGGAAAAAGAUAGUGCACCUGUAAAACUAUGGGACCAAGAGAUGAAAAGAUGUAAAGCAUUUCAAGUUGGGAAGGGUGCUGUUGUUAGAUCUGUGUUCAGAGGAACAAACAAGGGCACUAUUCUUGUUGGAACUCAAGACAAUGAGAUUUUUGAAAUCAAUGAAAAAACUGCUGCUCAUCAGGCAAUUAUAGAAGGACACAGUGAUGGGGAAAUGUGGGGAUUGUCAACUCAUCCUGUGAAAGAUGUAUUUGCAACAAGCAGUGAUGAUGGUACAAUCAGAACAUGGGAUAUUCAGAACCAGUCGCUACUAAACAAAGUGGACAUUGGAGGCGCAGUAAGAUGUUGUUGCUUCUCGCCCGAUGGGGAUUACCUUGGGAUUGGUUUAAAGACAGGUGAAUUUCAUAUAGUAGAUGGAAACACACUGAAGAGUUUGACGAAGAAGAGAGAUCGAAAUCAAUCCGUCACACAAAUGAGAUUCAGUCCAGAUGGCAAGCUUCUUGCAGUUGGCACUGAAGAUCGUUCUGUGGAUUUUUACUCUUUCAAACCACACAUCAAGCGUGUUGGUUACUGCAAGAAUAUUGCCAGUAGUGUGAAUCAACUUGAUUUUGCUGCUGAUGGAAAACACAUACAGGUGUGCACAGACUCUUACGAACGGCUAAUUUUCUCGGUACCGGAUGGAACACACGUGGCAGAUGAAGCAAAGAUUUCUAGAUUAACAUGGAGCUCUUGGACGUGCACACUGGGCAGCGAUGUGAUUGGUAUUUGGCCGAAGAACGCUGACAAAGGAGACAUAAACUGUACACACUUAACUCACACUGGUAGAACACUAACCACAGGAGAUGACUUUGGUUACGUGAAGUUGUACAAAUUUCCCGUCUCCGAACGUUACACAAAGGGAAAGAAAUACGUUGGACAUUCUGCGCACGUGACUAAUGUUCAAUUCACGCAUGAUGACAGAUACUUGAUAAGUACAGGAGGAGAUGAUUGCUGUGUGUUUGUGUGGAAAUGCAGUUAAUCAACAAAAAAAAAAAGAUUUAGAAAUUUUGAAAAGAAAUAGAAUUUUGUAAUAUAUUCUAGUUAUAAUAUUUUUAAUGUACUCGACAUUUUUAUCAACAAUAUUGUGAUUUGGACUGAGUGUAAUCGGAUAUUAAAAGCCUGAGUUGGAUUUCUCGUACUUUCAAUGAGAUUUUUCAGUUAAAUAUAAAUUUGAAAUAAAAAAUGAUUUUUUAUUAAGUCGGUGGUUGUUUUUUUGAAUAUUGCAAAUAAAUUGUACUUUUUUUUAUACAUGAAUUUUUCUUUUGAAUGUUUGUUGUUGUUGCGUCAAACUUUCUUAUAGUCCAAGUGAAUAGCAUUGGGUUU